AUGAUGACGAGUAUGGAAGGGAUGGUGGAGAAAGGAGUGUUGGAUGAUAUCAUAAGGAGAUUGUUGGAAGGUAAAGGAGGCAAACAGGUUCAGCUUUCGGAGAGCGAGAUUCGUCAACUCUGCUUUAACGCCCGCCAAAUCUUCCUCUCCCAGCCCAAUCUCCUCGAGCUCCAUGCCCCAAUCCGCAUCUGCGGUGAUAUCCAUGGCCAGUAUCAAGAUCUUCUGAGGCUAUUCGAAUACGGAGGCUAUCCUCCGUCGGCGAACUUUCUCUUCCUCGGCGAUUACGUUGACAGAGGCAAGCAAAGUCUCGAGACCAUAUGUUUGCUUCUCGCUUACAAGAUUCGUUACCCGUCGAAGAUAUUCCUUUUGAGAGGGAACCACGAGGACGCUAAGAUCAAUCGGAUAUACGGAUUCUACGACGAAUGCAAACGGAGAUUCAACGUGCGUCUUUGGAAGAUAUUCACCGAUUGCUUCAACUGUUUGCCCGUAGCCGCACUCAUCGACGAUAAGAUCUUAUGCAUGCACGGCGGCUUGUCGCCGGAAUUGGAUAAUCUGAAUCAGAUUCGAGAGAUUGAAAGGCCUACGGAGAUUCCAGAUGCUGGUCUUCUCUGUGACCUGCUUUGGUCAGAUCCUGAUCAGAAGAUUGAAGGCUGGGCUGAUAGUGAUCGAGGUAUCUCCUGCGUUUUUGGAGCUGAUAAAGUCGCUGAGUUCUUGGAUAAGAAUGAUCUUGACCUCAUUUGCCGUGGCCAUCAGGUAGUGGAAGAUGGGUACGAGUUUUUCGCAAAAAGGAGAUUAGUGACGAUAUUCUCAGCUCCAAACUAUGGUGGAGAGUUUGACAACGCUGGUGCAUUAUUGAGCGUGGACGAGUCUCUUGUUUGCUCCUUCGAGAUUAUGAAACCUGCCCUAGCUUCUAGCAGCGGUCAACCUCUCAAGAAGGUACCGAAAAUGGGGAAGUCUUGA